AGCGUCCUCUGGCGGAGUCAUGUAUACCACAUAUGCAGUGCUGGUAAUAUUGACCUUGACCUUCCAUAACGCCCUCUGUCAACAAUAUAGCGAGGCUGUCUUUCUGUCUGAUGACGUCACAUACAGCUGUCGCGGAUUCGUGGACCUGGUACUAGUCGUGGAUGCUUCAGCCUUCACGCGCUUCACCACACCACGUGGUAUUCCAAUAUGGCACCCCGGCAUCGCCGUGUUCGUCAACAACCUUCUGCGAGUUCUCCAAGUGGGCCCAGCAUCAUUUCGAGUGGCCGCCAUAUUGUACAGCACAGGUAUUGAUGACAUCAUGCCUUUCAGUGUACAUCAAGUCUACACCCUCCACACUUUCGGAUUUCUCCGUCCUGGGUUCGGUGUCUCGGCCACGGCUAAGGGAUUAUCGGAAAUGAGAAAGAUGCUGUCAUACUACGGUCGACCGGACGCGGCCAAGCGUGCCAUCCUUCUCAGUGCUUCCCAUUCUAAUGACCACCAGGCGGCGCUAGUAGAGGCUAACCUUGCCAGGUCAAUAGGAAUAGAUAUCCUCUCGGUAGGAUUCGGACCUUUCCGGGACAUUGGUGAACUGAACGAAAUUAGUCCCGGCUGGGUAUUAGAAGUCCCCGAUGCUGGCAUGCUCUAUGCUCUUGUCGGGAGGAUAGCCGCAAGGUUAUGUAAAGAAGCGGUCAAUGGAGGCUGGUCACCCUGGCUCAGCUGGACCCCCUGUUCAAAAAGUUGUGAUGGCGGUGUAUCUAGGAGAUUUCGUUUCUGUAAUAACCCACUUCCGCAAUAUGGCGGCUCUUUCUGUACAGGAGCCCCCAACAUAAGAAUGGAUUGUAACACACAACCUUGCUUAGCGUUCUUCUCCGGAGGAGUGGAUUGGUCAACUUGGGGCCCAUGUUCUGCUACAUGUGGAUCCGGCACGCGCUCACGCUCUCGACCGUGUCUGUCUAGGUCUCAAUGUAGGCCUGGAACAUCAGAGACAGGAACAUCAACAUGUAGGAUGUCAGCUUGUCCAGUUGAAUCAACGUGGGGUACUUGGUUGUCAUGGGAACCAUGUUCUAUGACGUGUGGGCGUGGCGUGAGACAGCGCCGCCGGAAGUGUACAGACACAAGCCCCGGAGUAGACGGACGCUGCCUCGGACCAGGAAUGGACACGGAAAUGUGUAACGCAGGAAUCGCGUGUCAAGAAUGCGAGAGAUGUAUUCUAGGCCCAGGAGGCCGACGGUAUGUGGGAUGUCCUCACGAUUGUACGAGGUACGUUCAGUGUCCGGCACCGGGCUAUGAAGCUCUGCAGAAGAUCUGUCCGCACGGACAACUCUGGAGUAACCGACAGCAGAAAUGUGUCCAGCCGUCCGAAUCGGAGUGUGAUUUGUGCUCCGGACAGAUAACAGGCAGUGAAAUUUGGUAUUCAUGUCGGGAAUACUGGAAAUGUGAAAGCGACCAUAGAAAUCUUCAUCUUCGGUGCUGUCCUGACGGAUUCCAUUUUGUUCCUGGUCUGGGAUGUAUGAAAGAUGUCGACAAUUCCUGCAAGGCAGAGUGCUAUUCACGGCCAUCUCUCGGUUUUCAAGCAAAAAAUUGCUCAUAUCGUCCUUCACCCUUGGGUUCCUACUGGUACGAAGAGAUCACUUCGGACUUCCGCAAGACUCGCGCAUGCCCUGUCGGUACCCAGUUUUCACAGGAUGUUUGUCAAUGUGUUAUGACGCAUGAACUUUCACCUACAAUGUCAUUCAACAGAGGUUUGUAUCAAUCGGCUAACAUCGGCCAAUUCCGUACCCUACAUCAAGGUACGGAAUCGGCCGAGAUGCGACGAGUGCUAU